GCACCCGGCCGCAUACGACGUGUGUGAGUCUUGCUUCGAGACGUACUCGGGUGUGGCGAUGCCGCUGUCUGGGCAUGUACAGAGGAGCUCAAAAACACGCUCAGUUUUUUGCUGGGACCGAACGCGCCAGACCUGCUGCCAGGCAUGCACAGCAAUGCUCGACGCCCUGCCUCGCUCCUGGACGCGACGCCUCCAGCGGAGCGAAGCUCGCAGUGAGGCGCAGGUCUGA